AUGUCACUUCUCAAACAACUAUCCCGCCUCCCACGAGGCUCAAUCCGCCCAGUUUACAUCCCCAAACGCUCCCUCGGCUCCGUGAGCGCCAUCGACUCGAGCAUCUUCCGCACCCUCUUUGGCACAGAAGAAAUCCGCAAGGUCUUCAACGAUGAAUCCUACAUAUCCCGGUGCAUAGACGCCGAAGCAGCCCUCGCCCGCGCCCAAUCCACCUGCGGCGUGAUCCCUUCACACAUCGGGUCCCUCGUCACCACAAAAGUAACCUCGACACCCCUCGACAUGGAACGCCUCCGCACCGAAACCGAAAUCGUCGGCUACCCAAUCCUCCCCCUCGUCCGGCAACUCAGCGCAAUGUGCGGAUCCGAAGCAGGAAAAUAUGUACACUGGGGCGCGACGACGCAGGAUAUAAUGGACCUUGCUAGUAUCUUGCAGAUGAAGAGAGGAUUGGAGAUUGUCGAGAGGCUCGUUGGGGAGAUUAUUGGGGUGUUGCGCGGGUUGAGUGUGCGGUAUCGCGAUACGCCCAUGGCGGGCCGGACGCAUCUCCAGCAUGCGCUGCCGGUUACCUUUGGGUAUAAGUGUGCGGUGUGGCUGAGUGGGUUCCAGAGACAUGCUGCGAGAUUGAAAGAGAUGCGCGAGCGCGUGCUUAUGGUUCAAUUCGGGGGUGCGGCAGGGUCACUUGCUUCGCUGGGUGACGGGGACGAUGGGAUACGGGUUCGAAAAGCCCUUGCGGAGGAGUUAGGGCUGAGUGAUCCGCCGAUUACGUGGCACGUCGCGCGGGAUGGGGUUGCGGAGGUAACGAACUACCUUGCGCUGCUGGGCGGAUCGAUGGGGAAGCUCGCGCUGGAUAUUAUCAUCAUGUCGUCGAAUGAGCUCGGCGAGGUCUCGGAGCCCUUUGUCCCCCAUCGCGGCGCGAGCAGUACGAUGCCGCAGAAGCGGAAUCCAAUUUCUAGCGAGGUUAUCCUUGCGGCGUCCAAGGUCCUCCGCUCGAAUGCGGGACUUGUACUCGAUGGGAUGGUGGCUGAUUUUGAACGGGCAAGUGGGCCGUGGCAUCUAGAGUGGGUUGCUGUCCCUGAGAGCUUCGUGAUAGCCGUUGGGGCGCUGGAGCAGACGAAGUUUGCUCUGGGCGGCCUGUGCGUACAUUCCGAGGCGAUGUUGCGGAAUCUGCACUCGACAAAGGGUCUCAUUGUGGCGGAGGCAGUGAUGAUGGGGCUUGCGCCUGCGGUGGGGAGGCAAAGGGCGCAUGAUAUUGUGUAUGAGGCUUGUCGGGAGAGCAUUGAGAGUGGGGGGUCGUUGGAGGAGGCGCUGCUUGGGAAGACGGAGGUGACGGAGAAGAUGAGUGUGGAGAGGGUGAGGCAGCUGUGUGACCCGGUCAAUUACCUGGGGGCUUCGGGUCGGAUGGUUGAUGAUGUUCUCGCUGUUGAUUAG